AUGGACCUCUACGCCGUCGCACAGCAUUAUUUGGACCGCAUCCUCGAAUCAGAGCCCGACCCGGCCGCCGGCGAGGACAUCAAGGUGCUCCUGCUGGACUCCGUCACCUCGUCGGUCAUCUCAAUGGUGACCACGCAAUCCGAGCUGCUCAAGAAAGACGUGUUUCUAAUCGACAAGCUCGACAACUUCCAAAGAGACAAUCUGCGCAACCUGGCGUGUAUCUGCUUUGUGCAGCCCAGCUCAGCCACCAUCGGCGACCUGGCCAAGGAAAUAGCCAACCCAAACUACAAAAAUUACACCGUCUAUUUCUCCAAUACGGUGUCCCGUUCGCACUUGGAAAGACUCGCAGAGUCGGACGACCUGGAGAUGAUCUCCAAAGUCGUCGAAGUGUUCCAGGACUAUCUCGUGGUCAACAGCUCGUUGUUCACAAUGCCGCAGAAACUCGCCCCACACAGCCCCUUGGUCCAUGACUCGUGGAACCAGCCCGCCUUUGACCAGUCGUUGCAAAGCCUCAUGUCCGUGCUGCUCUCGCUCAAAUACAAGCCCGUCAUCCGGUACGAGUCCAACUCCAAGAUGUGCGCCAAGCUCGCAAACGCAAUCAACUUCGAAAUCAACUCCAAUCAGAUGCUCUUUGGCCAGCUGCCAGCAAGAGACCUGCCCCCUUCGCUGUUGGUGCUAGACCGUAAAAACGACCCCAUCACCCCGCUGCUGUUCCCCUGGACGUACCAGUCCAUGAUCCACGAGCUGCUGGGAAUCCGCAACAACACCGUCGACAUGUCCCAGAUGGCCAAUGUGUCUGAAGAGCUUAAAGAAUUGGUGGUCAACGAGCAAACAGACCAGUUCUACAAAGAAUCCAUGUAUCUCAACUUUGGCGAUCUGUCGGAAAGUCUGAAGAAGUUCAUUGAAACAUACAAAGCGAAAACGAAAACCAGCUCCAACAUCAGCUCCAUCAAGGACAUGAAGUUCUUCUUGGAAAACUACCCAGAGUUCAAGAAAACAUCCAUCAACCUGUCCAAGCACAUGCUCCUCUCCACCGAGAUUGACAAGAAAAUCAACCAGCUCAGACUCUGGGAGGUGGGCGAACUCGAACAGUCGCUGGCCACAAACGACAACUCCAGCGCAGACUUGGCCGAGCUGGAAGACCUGCUGUUCGAUAGAAAGCUCCAAAACGGCCAGCCGCUGCCGCCGCUCGACGAAAACACAAAGCUCAAGCUUCUCGCGCUCUACGCCUUGAGAUACGAAGCUCACGCAUCGAGCCAGCUGUCCAGACUCACAAGACAGUUGCAACAGACAGGGUUCCCUGCCCACAAACUGGAGCUCGUAAAGACACUGUUGAAGAACAGCGGCGUGGCACAGCGUCUCAAGGACGACGACGACUCCAUUUUUGAAAAAGUGUCCAACUCCGCCAUGGGCAACGUGAUCAACGGGAUCAGCUUCGCCGACAACAGCGACAGCAACGUAUACAUGCAGCACAGCCCGAGACUGAAACAGGUGCUGAUGAAGCUGUUCCGCAACAAGCUGAAUCCCAAGAACUAUACCUUGGUCAAGCCCAAUGGGCUGGAGUCGUACACGGGGAACGACAAAAUCCCAGAUCAGGAGCUCGUCAUCUUCAUUGUUGGCGGUGUGACCUAUGAAGAGGCCCGUCUGGUGGCAGAACUCAACAAGACGAACAAGAACGUCAAGCUGGUGAUCGGAGGAACCAGUAUCCUGGACUCGGACACGUUUAUAGGGUUGAAAUAG